ACGAACUCAAUGAUUGACCUUCGUGGCGGUUACCAUCAAAUUCGGGUGUUCGCUGACGACUGCCAUAAGACCGCGUUUCGUACUGGCUACAGGAGUUACGAAUACACUGUAAUGCCGUUUGGAUUAAUGAACGCGCCCUUGAUGCUCCAGCUUACCAUGAACGGGGUGUUCUGUGAUCUACUCGACAAAUGUGUGAUAAUUUACCUGGAUGACAUCCUGAUUUAUAGCAAGACCCGGGAGCAAGAUUUAAAGGACUUGGACCUCUAACUGAUUUACUGCAGAAGGGGACUU